GGCAACACACCAGAGAACUCAAGAAAUGGACGACCUUGAACAGGAAGACAUUAACGAAGAGCUGUUUGAGUUUGCCAUCUUGGAGAGCAUUCAGGAGGCCUACAAGCUGCAACGUUCAGGGUCAGCAGAUCGGAAACAACCAAACAGUGAAAACUUUAAGAACAUAAUGAUGGCUAUUAACAAAGGUGAUGUGGUUGCACUGCAGGCACUGUCCUGCUGUGUUUCUGCCUUCAGAGAGAGUGACAGCAGGGGCUGGCUGCCUCUGCAUGCAGCAGCUGUACUACCAAAGACAGAAAUGCUGCAUGUGGUGCUGCAGGUGAUGCUAUCCAUAGACAUGACCCUGGAAGAGCAAACGAAGGAUGGGGAAACAGCUCUGACGCUGGCAACAAAGGCUGGCUGGGUGGAAAACAUUAAGUUGCUGCUGCAGCACGGAGCCUCUCCACACAACACGAACAGAAGGAAUGAAUCUCCUCUGCUCAUCGCAGUGAGACAGGGUUCAUAUGACAGCGUUUAUUCCCUCAUCAUGGGCGGGGCCUUCGUGGAACAGGUGUGUCUCACAAAAUGGACAGCAACUCAUGAAGCUGCAAAGGUAGGUUGUCCCGCUAUUCUGACUCUGCUGCUUCGUUAUGGGGCUAAAGUUUCUGUCAGAGACAGUCAUGGAGUAACUGCUAUGGGAAUUGCAGCUGAGCACGGCAAGACUGAAGCCUUAGAAAUUCUUAUAAAGCAUGGUGGGGAUGUUAAUGUCCGGGCCAGCAAUGGGGACACAGUCCUCUAUGAUGCAUCUGGGUCAGGGAACCUGGACUGUGUCAAGCUGCUUCUGCUGCACGGAGCCAACCCAAACGUUGCCAGCUACGCCUGUCAGCUCCCCAUCCACAGAGCUGCGUAUGAGGGGCACAUUCUAGUCCUACGCACUCUUAUCCCUGUCACCACAAAGAGAGCGAUCCGUCUCUCAGGCCAGAGCCCUGUCCACUCUGCUGCAGACGGGGGACAGACUGAAUGCCUCAAACUUCUCAUCCAGAAGGGUUUUGACAUAAAUGCUCAGCUAGAUAAACACAUCUCUGAGAAUUAUGGCGACCUGAGGAAGACCGCUUUGUACUUUGCUGUUUCCAACGGCGACAUCACCUGUGCUGAAACCUUGCUGAAGGCUGGAGCAAGAACAGACCUAGACCCUCUACAUUGCAUCUUGGUUGCUGUACGGGCAGAGAGGUAUGAGAUGGUGAAGCUGCUGCUGUCCUACGGAGCUGAUGUGAACUGUUAUUUCCGAGUGAUCAACAACACGGUGUUCCCCACCGCCCUUCACUACUGUCUCAGAGACCCCGCCAUGUUACGACUGCUGCUCAACAGCGGCUAUCAGGCUCACAAGUGCUUUGAGUGUUGCCAUAAUAAAAGUGAAGAUAUGGACAGUACCUGGACUGACCUCCACAACCAGGCCUACAAGAUUUACUGUCAGCCUAAUGUGACAUCAUUCUGUGAGUUUGUGUCGGUGUCCUGGCUUGCUCAUCUGGCAGGCAGUGUUGUAAGGAUCCUUCUGGACUAUGUGAGCCACAUCAGCAUCUGUUUCAACCUGCAACGCAUCCUGGAGAGGACUCCACAGUGGGAAGAGAUUUCUACUAUACUGAGCGAGCCCCGUUCCCUGCAGCAUUUGUGUCGACUCGCAGUCAGAAGUAGAAUGGACACCAGGAUACUGAACGACCAAGAAGCCAUGGCUGCUGUUCCUUUCCCUCCCAGACUGAUCAGCUACUUGACCUACAGAGAAGAUCACCUGUAUGGGGGACUCCAGUGAUGAGAAGGUUUAAUCUGCAGACACUUGUUCAAUAUUUUGUAAAUGUA